AGCUGGUCGAAGUGACACACCAAAACAAAGCGUAGAAGAAGCCCUAUUUGUUGGACACAAAAUAAAACGAUAUAAAAACAGACAUGGGUGCGUGCCUAUCCUGCUGCGGCAACAGUGCCGAGGAAACCAAUCUGAUGCCUUCGCCGGAGGAGCGUCGUCAACAGCAGCUGGACGCUGCGGAAAAGCGUCGCCAGGAGAACGAAUCGCGUGGCAUCAGAAAUCCCGAGAAUGUACGCAGACAGCAGCAAAAGGCGGUGGAGCAGGAACGUCGCGAGCGGGAGGCGGAACGCCAAGGCCAGGCCCAGCCCACACUGAAGUGGCAAACGACUUAAGGUUACAGUGAAUGACAUCCCCACCACCGCAGCUGCCUCUGUCCGGCUGCUUCUAAAGCAGUAGACGACGACGCCGUUCAUCUGUUGUUGUUAUCGAUGUUAUCCGGGGUACCAGGGUACAUUUCUUUUGUAUAUCUUUAUAUAUUGUAUAUUUGUUAGCCAUGUUUGUACCUUAACUAUUGUAUAUUUACACACACGUCUACGUCUUCUACCUUCGAAGCACACUCCAAAUUGUUUUUAAAAAAGCGUUAAACUGUGAACCAAAUUGCAACCAAAAAUAAAAGACAUCACCAAAA